AUGGAUAUUGUUCAGUCUUCCCGCGCCUACUUUGCGAUGCCGUCGCCCACGCCCGAGGAGAAGAUCACUCUUCAAGCCUCCAACACCGUCUACACCUACCACUGCCUCUGCAGCCACCUUCUCCUCGCCACAACCACACCUCUGCCCGCGCUUCCCACACGGCAGAACUCCCAGGACAAGGCUCACAUCAUGCCGCUUCCCCCCGCAGGCAAGACCGACUCCAACUCCCACUACGGCCUGCUGCUCUCCACGCGCCAGGAGCGCACCGCCGAGAUGAUGACCAGCGACGACGGCUUUGAGAAGCGCUACCUCCAGCGCUGCGGCCGCUGCAACCUCGCCGUGGGGUACCAGCUGGACUGGGCGCAGUUCGGCGGCGACCGCACGGGGCGCCGCGACGACGUCGUCUUCCUGAUCCCGGGCGGCUUCAUGACCACCUCUGAGAUGAUCAACUACAAGAAGGGCGCGAGCGCCGCCGGC